GCAACCCACUAGUCAAAUCUUUAAUAUAUCUUUCAGAAAACAAGACUUCACAUAUAUGAAUCAAUCUCUUCAAUUAUUUUUGGAACACUCGAAUAUAUUUGAUGAAAGAGCUUAAAGAUCACGUUGUAGUGAUCACUUAUGGACCAUCAUCGGAGGCUUCAGUAACGGCGUCACCUGUCUCUCAACAGACGCCGUCUUUGUUUGCAUACUCCGUAACGCCGUCAGCAUCAAGAUUCAGCUCACGGCGAGCAUCGGUUCAUGUUAUCGGUUUGGUUCUCCGGUUUAUAACUAUGGUUCUAUGUUUCGUCUCUGCUCUUUCGUUGGCAGUGAAUGUUCAACGGCCUUCGAAGAGACAUCUGACACAAAACUCCUCGAGUUUUGCUUCAUAUCCUGAACUGUUGUAUUGUUUUGGAGUUGCAGUGAUAGGAUUCGUGUAUACAAGUUUGCAAACAUUCAAAGGAGUUUGUGAUAUUACUCACAGAGGAGUUUUAAUCUCUGAGCCUCUCUCGGAUUACAUCAGCUUCAUAUUUGACCAGGUAUUUUACAUUAUUAUUGAUUAAUUUCUAUACGUUGAGUACAUAUAUAAUAGAAUGUGUUAACAAUUAACAUAUAAAAAAAAUUGAGCUAAUUUUAUUUUUGUAUACAAAACCUAAUCAGGUUAUAUGUUACCUACUAGUGUCAUCUUCUUCCGUGGCAAUUGCAUGGAUCCAACAUAUAAACGAGGAUGCGAUAAAAACACUAAGAAACAAUUCUAUAGUUUCAGUUUCAAUGUCAUUCUCUGCAUUUUUGGUUUUGACACUCUCUGGCCUCUUGUCAGGGUAUAAGCUUUGCAAGAGAUUUAUGUGGUAAUUAAAUCUUGUAAUUUUUUUAUACUCAAGUCAUGUUUAAAUCCGUAAGAAGUAAUGACUAUUUAUGUUUAUGUGGAUAUAUUUGUUUGUUGGAAUGUAAAAUUUAUACAACAUUUAUUUGUUUUAUCGCCAACGUUUUAGAAUUUGAAAGAAUAACCGAAUUUU